GCCCUUUUACUGCUCAUCCCUGACCCGCAUUCCUAAUCCCACUGGGAAACACCAAAACCUCCUCUAUUAAGUAUCGAGCCGAGCGACCUUACCCAUUCUGUUCUCGUGUUCUUUCCUGCAAAGUAUCUCCAUCUCCUCUAUCCGAUUCUUGAAUCUAGAUCGAAGAUGAGUAGCCAGGCCGAGUCAUCUGACUCUAAAAGUACCAAGAAGGAUUUCUCUACUGCGAUCUUGGAGAGGAAGAAGUCCCCUAACAGGCUCGUUGUCGAUGAGGCGGUCAAUGAUGAUAACUCUGUCGUUGCUCUGCACCCCGCCACCAUGGAGAAGCUCCAGCUCUUCCGCGGGGACACAAUUCUGAUAAAGGGAAAGAAAAGGAAAGAUACUGUGGUUAUUGCACUUGCUGAAGAAUCCUGUGAAGAGCCAAAGAUUAGGAUGAACAAAGUUGUACGUUCAAAUUUGAGGGUCCGACUUGGUGAUGUUGUAUCUGUACACCAGUGUCCUGAUGUUAAGUAUGGGAAGCGCGUGCACAUACUUCCUAUUGAUGAUACAAUUGAAGGGGUCACCGGAGAUCUCUUUGAGUCCUAUUUGAAACCUUACUUUUUGGAGGCAUAUCGACCAGUGAGGAUAUGCGAUCAUUUCCUUGUUAGAGGAGGGAUGAGAAGUGUGGAAUUCAAGAUUAUUGAAACCGAUCCCCGUGAAUAUUGUGUUGUUGCUCCAGACACUGAAAUCUUCUGUGAGGGUGAGCCGGUGAGGCGCGAGGAUGAGAACAGACUCGAUGAAGUUGGCUAUGAUGAUGUUGGUGGUGUGAGAAAACAAAUGGCUCAAAUUCGUGAAUUGGUGGAGUUGCCUUUGAGGCAUCCCCAACUUUUCAAAUCCAUUGGGGUUAAGCCACCCAAGGGCAUUUUGCUUUAUGGUCCUCCUGGUUCUGGAAAGACACUUAUAGCAAGAGCUGUUGCUAAUGAAACUGGUGCAUUCUUCUUCUGCAUCAAUGGUCCAGAAAUCAUGUCCAAAUUAGCUGGAGAGAGUGAAAGCAAUCUUAGGAAGGCAUUUGAAGAGGCUGAAAAGAAUGCUCCUUCCAUCAUAUUUAUUGAUGAGAUUGAUUCAAUUGCCCCAAAGAGGGAGAAAACACACGGUGAAGUUGAGAGAAGAAUUGUCUCACAACUUUUAACUCUGAUGGACGGACUGAAAUCACGUGCUCAUGUUAUAGUUAUGGGAGCUACAAAUCGUCCUAACAGUAUUGAUCCUGCUUUAAGGAGAUUUGGUCGGUUUGACAGGGAAAUAGACAUUGGUGUUCCAGAUGAAAUUGGACGCCUUGAAGUUCUUCGGAUUCAUACUAAGAACAUGAAGCUGGCUGAAGAUGUUGAUCUGGAGAAAAUCGCUAAAGACACUCAUGGCUAUGUUGGUGCUGAUCUUGCUGCUCUUUGCACCGAAGCUGCACUUCAAUGCAUUAGAGAAAAGAUGGAUGUCAUUGAUUUGGAGGAUGAAACCAUUGAUGCUGAGAUUUUGAACUCUAUGGCUGUUUCAAAUGAACACUUCCAAACUGCCCUUGGAACAAGCAAUCCUUCUGCUUUGCGUGAGACUGUUGUGGAAGUGCCCAAUGUCAGCUGGGAUGACAUUGGAGGUCUUGGAAAUGUUAAGAGAGAGCUUCAAGAGACUGUUCAAUAUCCUGUGGAACACCCCGAGAAAUUUGAGAAGUUUGGUAUGUCACCUUCAAAGGGUGUUCUUUUCUAUGGACCACCAGGGUGUGGAAAAACUCUGCUGGCCAAGGCUAUAGCAAAUGAGUGUCAAGCCAAUUUCAUCAGUGUGAAAGGCCCUGAACUACUCACCAUGUGGUUUGGAGAGAGUGAGGCCAAUGUUCGUGAAAUAUUUGACAAGGCUAGAGGUUCUGCACCUUGCGUUCUCUUCUUCGAUGAGCUUGACUCCAUCGCCACUCAGAGGGGAAGCAGUGUUGGAGAUGCAGGUGGUGCAGCCGAUCGGGUUCUUAACCAACUCCUGACAGAAAUGGAUGGCAUGACUGCAAAGAAGACCGUUUUCAUAAUUGGGGCUACAAACAGGCCUGAUAUAAUUGAUCCGGCACUUCUUCGCCCUGGUCGACUUGAUCAGUUGAUUUAUAUUCCUCUGCCUGACGAAGAUUCCAGACAUCAGAUAUUCAAGGCCUGCCUUAGAAAGUCUCCUGUUUCUAAGGAUGUUGAUUUGCGGGCUCUUGCAAAAUACACUCAAGGUUUUAGUGGUGCUGACAUUACAGAGAUCUGUCAGCGAGCCUGCAAAUAUGCCAUCAGGGAGAACAUUGAGAAAGAUAUAGAGAGGGAAAGAAGGAAGGGGGAGAAUCCAGACUCCAUGGACGAGGACGUGGAUGAUGAAGUUGCAGAGAUAAAGGCUGCACAUUUUGAGGAGUCGAUGAAGUAUGCUCGUCGGAGUGUCAGUGAUGCAGAUAUACGCAAAUACCAAGCGUUUGCUCAGACUUUGCAGCAGUCUAGGGGAUUUGGGGCUGAGUUCCGGUUCACAGAAUCAGCCGCGGGUGGGGCAGCAGCUGGAUCUGAUCCUUUUGCAAAUUCUGCUUCUGCACCUGAUGAAGACGACCUGUAUAGUUAAAUAUAUAAAUGUUCUUUCUUAUCUGUAUUUUGCGGGGUGGCCCAACUGUUUUUCAAGUUUGCAACAAUGGUGGUCUUUCUGUUAUUAUUGUCUAACUUAAGCGACUCUUUUAAAUCACCAGACUUCCAUACUGUUCUUCUGUUUCUAUGUGAACAAUUUCUGAAGACAUGGUUACAAGUUAUUAGAGUAUAUUACUGCAAUUAUUGUAAUUCCUGGUAUUGCAUGGGUUCUCGACUUCUCGGUUCUCCUGACUCAAGCUUUUGAAAAAGAUG